CCAACACAAAAGCUCUAUACGGUGGUUAUCGUAUAAAGGGAAGAGAAGGAAAGGCCUCUACAGAAACAGGGGAAGAAGCAGAGUGAGCAGCACAUCAUUUACUAUUAGAGGCAGCAACCAAUGAGGCUACCAACUCCUACCCUUUUCUUCUUAUCAUUUGCUCUUCUCACUUUACUGCUUAAACCCACCUUUGCCUCCAAAAAGUCAUACGUGGUGUACUUGGGAGCACAUUCACAUGGCCAAGAAUUCACUUCCAUUGAUCAAACUCUGGUUUCUGAUUCUCACUCUGAUUUUCUUGGAUCAUUUCUGGGAAGUCGAGAGUUGGCCCAAGAUGCCAUCUUUUACUCGUACACAAGGCACAUCAAUGGUUUUGCUGCAACUAUAGAAGAUGAAGUUGCUGCACAAAUAGCUAAGCAUCCAAAGGUGGUUUCAGUCUUCUUGAACACAGGAAAAAAGUUGCAUACUACUCAUUCAUGGAGCUUCCUUGGAUUGGAACAAAACGGCGUAGUUCCUUCUAACUCAAUCUGGAAAACAGCAAGAUAUGGUGAAGACACCAUUAUAGGAAACCUUGAUACUGGCGUCUGGCCUGAAUCAGAAAGCUUCAGUGAUGAAGGAUUGGGACCGAUUCCUUCAAAGUGGAAAGGAAUAUGUCAAACUGGCUCAGAUCCUGGUUUCCACUGCAACAGGAAGCUUAUUGGGGCAAGAUACUUCAACAAAGGCUAUGCCUCGGUUGUUGGUCCUCUGAAUUCCACCUUGGAAACUCCUCGAGAUAAAGAAGGCCAUGGAACUCAUACGCUAUCAACAGCAGGUGGUAAUUUUGUAGCAGGAGCCAAUGUGUUCGGUUUAGGCAAUGGAACAGCGAAAGGUGGUUCACCAAAAGCAAGAGUUGCAGCUUACAAGGUCUGCUAUCCCCCAGUUGGCGGAAACGAGUGCUUUGAUGCAGAUAUUUUAGCAGCAUUUGACGCUGCAAUAAGCGAUGGGGUUGAUGUCCUUUCUGUGUCACUGGGAGCUGAACCUACCCCUUUCUUUAAUGACAGUGUCGCCAUUGGUUCUUUCCAUGCUGUGAAACAUGGGAUUGUCGUCAUUUGUUCUGCUGGUAAUUCUGGUCCUGAUGAUGCUACUGCCUCCAAUCUUGCACCCUGGCAGAUCACUGUCGGUGCCAGUACACUGGACAGAGAGUUCCCCAGUUAUGUCAUCCUCGGCAAUAACAUGACAUACAAGGGAGAAAGCUUAUCAAAACUAGCCUUGCCGAAGGACAAAUUCUUCCCAAUUAUAAGCGCUGCAGAUGCAAGAACAGCUAAUUCAUCAUUGGAAGAUGCGCUUUUGUGCAAAGCUGGAUCACUUGACCCCAAGGAGGCCAAGGGAAAGAUCUUGGUCUGUCUUCGAGGGGGAAAUGCAAGAGUGGACAAGGGCGAGCAAGCUGCACUGGCUGGUGCUGUUGGGAUGGUGCUUGCCAAUGACGAGGAUUCUGGGAAUGAAAUUCUCGCUGAUCCUCAUCUCCUUCCUGCUUCUCAUCUCAAUUACACCAAUGGUGUUGCUGUAUUCGCUUACAUUAACUCCACCAAGUCUCCUAUUGCUCACAUUACGUCUCCAGUAACACAAAUAGGCGCAAGACCAGCUCCCUUCAUGGCUGCAUUUUCAUCCAAGGGUCCCAACACCAUUGCUCCUUACAUCCUCAAGCCUGAUAUUACAGCACCAGGUGUAAGUAUCAUAGCAGCUUACACAGAAGAACAAGCACCAACAAAUGAAGAUUUCGAUACUCGACGAGUUUUGUUUAACUCAAUAUCAGGAACUUCAAUGUCAUGUCCUCAUGUUUCAGGCGUUGCAGGCCUUCUCAGAACUCUGCACCCAAGCUGGAGUCCUGCAGCAAUUAAAUCAGCAAUCAUGACAAGUGCAACGACGAUGAAUAAUAACAGGGAGCCAAUUCUGAAUGCAUCUUACUCCAAGGCUACACCUUUCAGCUAUGGAGCAGGACAUAUCAAACCAAACCAAGCCAUGGAUCCAGGGCUGAUUUAUGACCUGACUGUUCAUGAUCACUUGAACUUCUUAUGUGCCUCGGGUUACAAUGCAGCCCAAAUCUUAUCAUUCUCAGGGACUCCCUACAAAUGCCCCUCCAAGCCUAUUAGUCUUUCCAACUUCAACUAUCCUUCCAUCACCAUCCCUGACUUCAACGGCUCGAUCUCGAUCACUCGAAGAGUUAAAAACGUUGGCAGUAUUCCAAGUACAUAUAGAUCUCUUAUCAGAAAACCAACUGGGGUUUCCAUUUCUGUUGAGCCAGAGAUGUUGAAGUUCAAUAAGGUUGGUGAAGAGAAGAGCUUUAAUGUUAUUCUGAAAAGCAAGAGAUCUUCUGCAAGAGAGGAGUAUGCAUUUGGAGAGUUGAUAUGGUCAGAUAGCAAGCACUAUGUGAGGAGUCCUAUAGUAGUGAAGUGGUGAAAUUUAGCUAAUGCUUCAUGAAAAUAAUUUAUUACUUAGCUAUUACAUUUCAAUCCUGCUUAGAAGGUGUGGUUAUUCUAAGAGAUUGUUGAUGUUACUAUCAUAAUUUAUUAAGAAUAAUGAAUGGGAGAAGCAAAGUAUUUGCAAUUA